UGAGUCGCUUCGCGUCGAAAUCUCCUGGCUAAGAUAACAGACGACUGUGAUGAGUUCAGCAUUUGCGAAACGUGUAGCAAUGAAUAUUUCCAGUUUUUCUACGCCUACUUCGAGUCACCCCAGUCCAAGCCAACCCUGUUCUAACGUGGUGUCCACGCUAUUUACAGUUAUUAUAUCCAUGGUCACACUCGCGGCUCUGAUUGGCAACGUUCUCAUCAUUGCAAGUUUUUUCAAAACUCCCAACCUGAGGACGAGGACUAAUUAUUAUAUAAUCAACAUGGCCAUGUCUGACCUCAUUUGUGCAUGUUUCAGCUGGCCACUUUAUGCAGUUGAAGGAAUGCUGACAAGAGCUGAGUUCUUCAACCAACACUCAGCCUUAAUUCUCUGUAAACUGGGAAUUUGCUUCAGGGCAAUUUCACAAAUAGUGUCCGUGUUAUGCUUGGUUCUAACAUCCGUCGACAGAUAUGCGGCUAUCGUUCACCCAGUAAAGAUAACGGUAAUGAGUAAUGGCAAAUUUCGAGUUAUUUUACUGUUGUUUUCUUGGAUCAUUCCUGUUUGCUUUGCUUACCCAUAUUACACGUUCGCUGAAAUUGUGAAGGUAAAUAACCAAACAUUCUGUAGAGUAGUUUGGAGUACAUCAGCUCACACAAUUUUUAAUGCUGUUGGAUUUGUUAUAUUUUAUUGCAUGCCUCUUGCUGGUAUAACCAUUCUCUAUACUCACAUCACAAAGACACUUAAAAAUCGUCCAAAUAUAGGAAACUCAGUCCAAGAAAAGCACAUCAGAAGAAGACGAGAUCAACAUCAGAAAAUAAUGAAAAUCUUAAUAUCGAUUGUUGCCGGCUUCUUUACUUGUUGGACACCACUUUGCAUUUAUUUGGCAUUAAAAAUGUUUCAUUCAGGGUUGUUUCUUCAAGAUAAAUGCUUCUUACUCCUAGGUUUGUUUUUCUACGUCUUUCCGUCAUUCAGCACAGCAAUCAAUCCUAUUAUCCUUUUCCAGUUUAGUUCAAAAUUUCGACAGGCGAUGAAAAGCUUUCGUAUUCCUUUUCUUGAUUUCAAUAAAUGUCGCCGGUUUCUGUGCAUACCCAAGAAUAGGGUUGGAUCAGUUGAAAUAGAUCAUGUUGGUAAGGCAGAGUUAAGCUAGAUGUCUCUCAUAUUUGACGGAUUUGGAAAAACACUGAUAAUAAAUAACUGGUCAUAGCAGAAAAAGCCACGAGAUUGCAACAAUUCAGCAACAAAAAGCUGUAGUUCAAAAAAGAGAAUGGAAACUUCUCAAUCUUACAAAGAUUGCAAAACAUUGCGCAAUGAAAUAAAAUGUAUAAAAAGUAGACUUCAAUUUGGCGUGUUAUUAUUGUUAAUUACAACCAUGAUACAGUGAAUAAUGAUCAGUCUUAAAGUUAAUAACUUAGUUUUCCAGUAUCAGCCGGGAAAUCUCACGAAAUAAGAAGUGGUCGGCCUGAAUCCGAUAAUGCUUGUAAAACAUUUAAUGUCAAAAUCAUGUCUCUAUAUGUUAGGGAUAUACUUUUGUA